AUGGCUGCAACAACUUUGACGCCGUAUGAAAUACUCCAAGUAAAACCACUGGAUAGUGAUUUUCAAUUACGUGUAGCAUAUCGUUUACGAAUUCAUGAAUUGAAAAAAGAUCGACUUAAUUUUCCUACAAAUCGUAAGAUUUCACCUGCAAAGUUUCGACUUAUAUGUCGUGCAUAUGAAACAUUAUCUGAUCAUGAUAAACGUAAAAUUUAUGAUAGCAGUAAAGAAUGGACAUCUACUAUACCUUUGACGAAAUAUACACUUCAACAACUUGCUGGCGAACCUGAUCUCGCACCACAGUUGAGAAAUCGAUUAGAAAAAGCCACUUUAAGACAAACUGAUGCAAAAGAUCCGAAAACUGAUCAAACACCACUUUAUUGUGCAGCACGUGCUUGUAAUGUUGAUGCUGUCUAUCAUUUAACUGAACAAGGAGCUGAACCAGAUCUUGCACAAAGAACAGGAAGUACAGCUUUACAUGUCAGCGCUUUCUAUGGACAUCCAGAAAUUGUUCGUUGUUUAAUGGAAAGUGGUGCUGAUUAUCGUAAACAAAACUCUUAUAAUAAUACACCCGAAAAAGAAUCAUUUGAUGAUAAUGUUAGAAAUACUUUUACUGAUAUGAAAAAACAACCUUUUGUUCAAGCAGCUGCUGAUCAGCUCGAUUGGUUUAAAGAAAAUAUUGAUAUAAUUCCAAAUCAUAUUGAUGAGCAAUAUUAUAGACAAUGUCAAACAUUACUUCAUUGUGCAAGUAGAAAAGGUUUUACUGAUCUUGCUCGAUGGUUAGUCGAACAACGUUCAGCUAAUCUUGAUAUUGUUGACAACAAUUUAAAUUCAGCUUUACAUCUUGCUGCAUACGGUGGACAUACAACAAUUGUUGAAUUUCUUCUAAAUCAAGGUGCUAAUUCUCUUUUAAUUAAUAAAUGGGGUAUGACAGCCGAACAAGAAGGUAUUAUACAUGGAACACAUAUUGUUACAUUAUUUCAAGCAAUGCGUAAUCGAAACAUGUUUGAUAUGGCAGCACAAGGUGUUGAAUGGUGGUUUAAAUAUCAUUUUGCUGGAAAUUCACCAGAUGCAACAACUAAUGAAGGUACAAGUUUACUUUAUAUUGCUUCUCGUCAUGGACAAACAUCAGUUGUAAAAUGGUUAUUAGAAAAUGGGGCCAAUGCAAAUAUACAACUUACAAGUGUAUCACGAAGCACAUCUUUACAUGCUGCUGCCUAUAAUGAUCAUAUAUCAACAGUUGAAUUAUUAAUAAAUCAUGGCGCUGAUGUCAACAUAAAAAAUCAUUAUGGUGAGACUGUCUUUGAUAAUGCUCGAUCGGAUAAGAUGAAGAAUUUUUUGCAACAGUAUCGAAAGAAUCUAUUGGAGAAUAAAAUCCUGAUCGUACAUUUGUUUGGUGAUGGACGUAAAACUGGAAAUGAACCAUUAGCAAAACUUCAAUUAAGUUGGAAUGCUACACGUGAUGAUCUUUGGAAUGCAAUGCCUGAAUCAUUACGCAAAGAAUAUCAUAGUUUUUCCAUUGCUCGUCGACCAUUACAGUUGCAAGAAAAGGAUACAACUAUAAUAUCUGCUUUUUGUCGAGCACGAUAUGGAAAAUCAAAAUUUGUUGAAUUACCACUUUGUAUUACAGCUCAUGAAUCACCGAGAUAUGUGAAUAGUGGACAUAUUCUUGGUGAGGAAGUUAUUGAUUAUAAUUCACGUGAGUUUCAAGCAAAGUUUAUGUCCAAAUGUCAAAAUUCAUCCAUUAAGAUUGCAUCUCAAUUAAAUAAAAUACAAAAAUUUACUUGUGGCAAUUUAUCCGUUACAUUUCCAGUCAAUUGUGCGAGCAAACAACUUUCAAUUGAUGUUGAAUAUAUUGACUCACCUGAUUUGCAAACAUUUAAAUUACCAGAAUGUCUUUGUCUUUUUCGAACAAAAUUUCAAGGAAAAAAUAAUGCACUAGAAGAAAUGCCAAAUGUUGUAUUCAAUGGUGACUCGAAUGUACGUCUAUAUAGUUGGAUACAAUCACAAGCAUAUUGGUUUGCUCAUAAAAUCAGACAUGGACGUUUACCCUUUAUUGAUGGUGUACAUGCUUUUAUUCGUCAUGUUGAUAUUAUUCCAGCUGCAUUAAAUCUUCCACCAGAUAUGUUUAUUCAAGCUGCUGUCGGAAAACCAUUCAAUACUCGUGAUCAUCCUGUUUAUUGUCGAUAUUUGAAAAUUCGUGAACAUAAAACCGAUGUUUAUCCUCAUAUUGCUUAUCAUGGAACAUCUAUUAAAGUUAUACCUUCAAUUCUUAUGGAUGGACUUGUUAUGCCAAGUACUGUAGUCUCAAAUGGUAUACGUGUUUGUCCACCAGAUAAUCAUAUUGCACGAGGAGUUAACGUUUUUGAUACUGAAGAUUUUUCUAAUGGAAUAUUUGUAAGUCCCAGCAUACAUUAUUGUUCAGAUCCAGUAUAUGCAGUAACAUUUUCGGAUGGUGAUGAACGUCUUGUUGCUGUAUUAGAAUGUGCUGUGAAACGAGAUGCAUUUAAAGCUUUUCCAAGCACUGUACCGGGAUAUAAAGGUCAUGAAGGUGAUGAUCUUACAGCUAUCGAAUGGCGUCUAACCAAUCCUGCAGCUAUCGAAAUUAUAUCUAUACUUUUCAUUCCUCAAAUUAAAUCAAGAAUCGCUGCAGCACGAUUACGUGCUGGUAAACUUGGUGUUAAUCCUAACGAUGUUACAUAA